AAUCUUUUGUGGGACAGCUCAUGUUAUUUUUUCACCCGAUCGCCUGAUUAGUCGCGGAUUUAUUUCACUCGUUCGGAUUCCAGUGGCCUGGGCGAAAAAGAACAAAAUGUUGGUAAAAUCCUUGCUGGUUCCAUUGUUGGCGUUGCUCGCCACUACCGUGGCCGAUUCCUCCAUCGACGAGUUCGACGAAACCGGCCGGUACACCAUCGAGGGUCGCGUUUAUCCGCCGGAACUUUUCGGCGGGUCGGAUCUUACCUGGCAAAUCGAUACGCAAAUCUCGAUUAACGGCGGUGAGUACAAAGGAUUCCUCAAGGAUGACGGGUCGUUUGUGAUCAGCUCGGUCCCGUCCGGAAGCUACGUGGUGGAAAUCCUCAAUCCGGACUACUACUACGAAUCGGUGCGGGUGGAAAUAAAUCCCAAGGGAAAAUUCCGCGCCCGGAAGCUCAACUACGUGCAGCCCUCGCAGGUUGUCCAGGUUCCGUAUCCGCUGAAGCUGAAGGCCCUGACCCGGUUCCGGUACUUCCAGCAGCGGGAACAGUGGAAGAUCACCGACUUCCUGUUUAAUCCGAUGGUGCUGAUGAUGAUCCUGCCGCUGCUCAUUAUGCUCGUUCUGCCCAAGAUGAUGAGCGAUCCGGAGACCAAGAAGGAGAUGGAGAACUUGAAUCUGUCGAAGAUGACGAACGACAUGCCGGAGAUUAGUGAGAUGAUCACGUCGUUCUUCACCGGAGGAGCUCCGGCGGCGGCAGCAGCGGGAGCCGUCAAGGACAAGGACAAGUCCAAAUCGGCAGCCAACAAGCAGGGCAAGAAGAAGAAUUAAUUUGGAUCUCGUCGUGCAUGAUCAAUUUUUAGCUGAAUAUUAACGGUAGGUUUUGGUAACUGUUAGGGAAGGCGAUCCAAUUUGUAAUUUACUAUUUAUUUAGUGCGACAAGCGGAAGAUGCCCGUGGUAAAUAAACUAAGGAACUGUACCCUUAAA